UCAGGCAGUCGUAGUCGCUCGCUAGAACAAACCAAAACCCACAAGAUACGCGUAAUUCAGUCCGCACGGCCAAAAGUAUCUGUAUCUCUAUCUGUUGCUGUAGCUGUUCUCUAUCUGUAUCUGUAUCAGAGCAGAGCUGAGUAUCUGCAGUAACUCGUGUGUUCGCACCUCGCAUAUCCGUAUCCGUGAAAUAUCUGUGAAACGAAACGUCGAAUCGGAAUCGCAUAAUUUAAAUCGAGCAACAGCUGAAGCCCCAGACUUUUGUCAACCUCAACGUGUCUCCGCGUCGUGCACAUGUGCUCCACCAGCUAAAUGUCGGAACACGUUGUAUGAAAAUCAAAAAACCACAUAAACAAAAAAUUUCCACUGCCCGCAACUCCAGCCAGCAGUCUGACAGAGAAGGAGCGAGAGCCAGCCAGAGUGCGAAAGAAAGAGAGUUCGAGUGCAUCUGAAGUCAGCCCGCGCCGCACACAUGACCACCACCUUGAAUAUGGUGAAAACUGGGAAAUACGCCAAUGAUAAAAUCAUUGGCGUGCGGCAUGUGCAGUGCAUCCUGUGCUUCUUCUGCCUCUCCCUGGCCUAUGCGUGGCGCGUCAAUCUGAGCGUGGCGCUGGUGGCCAUGACCGAGCCGCCAAACAUAACGGAGACUAACAUCACGGACGACAGCCAAGAGGAGACCAUGGAUAUGGAUUAUUACCCCUUCACGGAGUCGGAGAAAUCAUACAUGCUGAGCAGCUUCUUCUGGGGCUAUAUCGUCACUCAGGUGCCUGGCGGCUAUAUCGCCCAGCGUUAUGGCGCCAAGAUGCUGCUGAUGGUGGGCCUGGUUGCCUGUGCGAUCCUGACACUGUUGACGCCGCUCUCACUCAAGCUGGGCGGCUGGCAGGCGCUGUGCGUGGUGCGAGUGCUGGAGGGCCUCACACAGGGCGCAGUGCAUCCGGCGACGCAUUCGCUGCUGUCCAAGUGGGCACCGGCCAAUGAGCGCGGCAUGCUGGCCACCAUUUGCUACUCGGGCGCACAGUUCGGCACGAUCAUGAUGCUGGCCACCAGCGGCUUCAUAGCGGACUCCUUUGCUGGCUGGCCGGGCAUCUUCUAUUGCGGCGGCAUCUGCGGCUUUGUCUGGGUGCUCUUCUGGUGGAUAUUCGCGGCGAGCACGCCGGAGGAACAUGGUCGCAUAUCACGCGAGGAGCUCAAGUAUAUUGAGGAGUCGCGCUCGGUGGGCAAAAUGCAGGAUGCACGCAAAAUGGCGCCCACGCCCUGGGGCAGCAUCUUCACAUCGAUGCCGUUCCUGUCGCUGCUUGUUGUCCACUGCACGCACAUGUGGGGCUUUUGGACGCUACUAACGCAGAUUCCCAGCUACAUGAAGAACAUCUACGGCAUUGACAUCAAGUCCAGCUCGCUGCUCUCCUCGCUGCCCUACACGGUCAUGAUGAUACUCAGCUUCUUCUUCGUCUGGCUGUCCAAGGUGCUGCAGAACCAAAAGUCCAUAUCCCUCUCCUUCAAUCGCAAGUUCUUCAACUCGGUGGGCCACUGGAUACCCAUGCUGUCCCUGAUUGGACUCGGCUAUGUGCCACGCGAGAGUGCCACCUUGGCCGUGGUGCUGCUUACACUCACGGUGGGCAUAAGCGCGGCCACCUACCUGGGCUUCCAGGUCAAUCAUAUUGAUCUGUCGCCCAAUUAUGCGGGCACCUUGAUGGGCAUUACGAAUGCGGCGGCUAAUGUCAUGAGUGGCUUGGCACCACUGGCUGUGGGUCAGAUCGUCAAGCAUCCGGAAAAUGUGAGUGAAUGGCGCACGGUGUUCUUUGUGGCCGCAUUCUUCUACUUCGUUGGCAAUCUGCUGUUUGUGGUCUUCGGACGCACUGAUAUACAGUGGUGGGAUUCUCCCGAGCCUGUGGACGAGGAGAGCGUGGAGGCGGGCGUGCCACUGGCAGCGGCUGCCAAGGACCAGCAGUCGGGACAAAUCGCAAAUGACAAACCCUAAGACCACCAGCCGGACUAAGGACUUUCUCAUGCCUUUCAACUGAACUAAACGAUAAUUCGUUUAUAUAUGAUGAUGUAGGAAGAGCAUGAUACUGUCAUAGUUGUUGUUUUCUUAAACUAAGUGCUUAAUAUAAGACAAUAGCUAUAAUUAGAGGUUAAAGGACAAAAGCUUAAAAUUGCCAUAACGACGAUCGCGUGCUUCCAUUAGCGAUAUUAAUAACAACAUAUGAUAAUUGUUUAGUUUGUAGGCAGCAUAAAUUAUUAUUUCCAGUAUUUUUCCAUAAUGUACAUAAAAUAUAAUAUUUAAAAACAAAAAUAUAUAACAAAAAAAGCUAGUUGACAAUGUAAAUAGCAAAAUAUAAAUUGCUAGCCUAAGUAACUAUAUAAACGCUGCUCUAUUAAUUGUUAUGUUUUAAAGUGAAACUAUAUACCUUAGCUAACUUAUGGCCGUAGUUAAUUAGUUAAAUUAGUAAUAAACAAACAACCAACUUGUGAUGUACGUAAAAGAAAUGAACUAAAAAAGGCAGAAAAGAAGACAUGCUUAGAAAACAAACAUAUA